UAUAGAUCCGAUGAGAAGGACCCGAGCGGUAGCAAAUACAAAAGGAUGGAGGAUCACAAUAUGCAAGACAAGGAACGUUUUGCCAGUAGGGAGAACCAUUGCGAGAUUGAACGGCGCCGGAGAAACAAGAUGACGGCAUACAUAACCGAGCUAUCAGACAUGGUGCCGACAUGUAGCGCUCUCGCUAGAAAACCCGACAAACUUACCAUACUCAGGAUGGCCGUGGCACACAUGAAGGCUCUCAGAGGCACGGGUAACACAAGCACAGAUGGUAGUACGUACAAGCCAAGUUUUUUGACAGACCAGGAAUUGAAACAUUUGAUUUUGGAAGCGGCUGAUGGAUUUCUCUUUGUUGUUAGUUGUGAUACUGGACGGAUAAUCUAUGUCUCAGAUUCUGUUACUCCAGUACUGAAUAAUUCACAGAGUGAUUGGUAUGGCUCAUGUAUAUAUGACAACGUUCAUCCCGAGGACGUCGAAAAAGUCAGAGAACAAUUGUCAACACAAGAAUCUCAAAAUACGGGCAGAAUUCUCGAUCUUAAGACCGGAACGGUAAAAAAAGAAGGCCAUCAAUCGUCUAUGCGGCUUUGUAUGGGAUCGCGACGAGGAUUCAUAUGCCGCAUGAAGGUGGGCAAUGUACCUCCAGAAAGUAUGUCGCUUGGUCACUUGAACAGACUGAAGCAGAGAAACUCGCUGGGGCCUUCUAGAGACGGACAGAAUUAUGCCGUAGUGCACUGCACGGGUUACAUAAAGAAUUGGCCUCCGACGGGAGUACAAAUCGACAGGCAGACUGAGGAGGAAUUGCACGCAUCGCACUGUUGUCUUGUCGCCAUUGGAAGGCUUCAGGUAACUUCCACUGCAAACACAUCAGAUUUGUCCGGUUCACACAGCCAGUCCGAAUUCAUAACCCGUCAUAGCUUGGAUGGAAAAUUUAGUUUUAUCGAUCAAAGAGUAAUGAAUCUUCUUGGUUACUCUCCACCUGAAUUAUUUGGCAAAAGUUGCUUCGAUUUCUUUCAUCCUGAAGAUCAAAGUCAUAUGAAAGAGAAUUUUGAACAAGUUUUGAAACUUAAAGGCCAAGUGGUUUCGCUGAUGUACCGUUUCAGGGCAAAGAAUAGAGAAUGGGUUUGGUUGCGCACAUCAGCAUUCGCUUUCUUAAAUCCUUACACUGACGAUGUAGAAUAUAUAGUCUGUACACAUUCAACAGCAAAAACUUUACAUAGUGGACCAGAUAGUAGUUCAACAGAAACAAGUACCGACCAGGUUCCAUAUCAUCAACAACAGCAACAACCAGGAAUAGAUUAUUCACUUCAGCGUAGAGAUAAUUCAAUGGCACCUGCUUAUUCACAUGGGCAUAUUAUUGGUUCAUCUGCUGUGUAUGGUGGCCCUUAUGAUCACACACCAUCUCCAAUAGCCUUUGGUAGUCCAAGCAGUUCAGGAGCACUAGGUCACGUAUUGAAAGAAAACUCUACCACCAGUCCUACACCUGCACAAGCAGCUUGGAAUUUAAGACAGCAACAACCAGUUACUGAAGGGUAUCAGUAUAACCAGCUAAGUCCAUCAAGGUCUCCCAGCGGUCCUAUUUACACACAGCUCAGUGGAGGGGCAAGGCCAACCACAUAUCACACCACAAACACUACGCAACCUAAUAAUGCAGGCAUGUGGACUUGGCAGGGAUCUAACCAUGGUCCUGGAUCUAGCAGUUCAGGAGCCCAUUCCAUGGCUCCUGUUCCCGUGCAAGUACAUUCUGGUGCCAGUCAAGGGCAGCCACAAGGACAAGAACUCUCUGAAAUGCUCCAAAUGUUAGAUCAGGGAGGCGCUACAUCAUUUGAAGAACUUAAUAUUAACAUGUUCAAUACACCCUUCGAGUGACAAACAUCGCAAACAAAUUACAUGUACAAGCUCAAUAAGGGUAACUUGUAAAAGAUAUGGAAAAUGACAGAGCAAGUAAUUUAAACUGGUUCAUACUUUAGGCAGAUAUGUAAAGAUUGCGAGCAUUUACAUUCUUAUAAUAAUGGGGAUGAAUAUAUUCAGUAAUUAGGAAUACAAAAAUAUUACUUUUAAGAUACUAUACCUUUAAGUUUUGCAAUAAGAAUGUGAAGAUUUUACUUAUAUGAAUUAUUAUUCUACAAGUGCAACAAAUAAGAGAUAGUUAUAUUUUAUGCUUAAAUUUUUAGAAUUAAGGCGG